GAUCUAAGAUAACUUAAAACUUACCCCUUCGGCCCUUCCCUGUUUUUCAAUCUCCUGCAAACAAAAUCAUCAGAAAUCUAAAAAAUUACGGCUCCCCUGCGAUCAGUUUUGUCUCAAAUCUGAAGCUCCAUUUUGGAUCGCUUUCAUGGCGCACCUGAAUUCGUCGCUAUUACUUUUUCUCUCGUUAAAUUUGCUCCAGCUUUUCCAUACAGCCGUCGGCAGAGGCGGUCAACGUGAUUCAGGUUUUGUCGAUAAAUCAUAUGCUGCUUCAGGAAGACAUCUGUUCGAAGAAAACCACUUUCAGAAACUUAAUAAUUUAGCUCAUGGGUAUAUGUCUAAUUCUGAUCUUGAGAAGGCUAUCAAGGCAUUUCAUGGUAGAUGUGGUCGUAUAUCAAAGAUAUACAGUAUUGGGAAAAGUGUCUUUGGAGUUCCACUGUGGGCGAUUGAAAUUUCUAACAAGCCAGGGAAGGAAGAGGCUAAACCUGCUUUUAAGUUUAUCGGUAAUGUGCAUGGAGAUGAACCUGUUGGCCGUGAACUUCUCUUACGUCUAGCAAAUUGGCUCUGUGACAAUUAUAUGAAGGAUCCCUUGGUGACACUGAUUGUAAAUAAUGUGCACCUUCACAUCCUUCCGUCCAUGAAUCCUGACGGGUAUUCACUGAGGAGGCGCGGUAAUGCCAACAACGUUGAUCUCAAUCGUGAUUUUCCAGACCAGUUUUUUCAAAUGAAUGACGAUCUCACAGUAAGACAACCUGAGACAAAAGCGAUCAUGAAUUGGAUAAAAAAGAUACGUUUCACAGCCUCUGCUAGUCUUCAUGGGGGAGCACUUGUUGCAAAUUAUCCAUGGGACGGGACCCAAGAUAAGAGCAAAAGUUACUACGCGUGUCCUGAUGAUGAAGCUUUCAAAUAUAUGGCAAAAUUGUAUAGCGGGUCCCACUAUAAUAUGUCUCAAAGCCAAGAAUUCAAAGCAGGAAUCACAAAUGGGGCUUAUUGGUAUCCCAUAUAUGGCGGCAUGCAAGACUGGAACUACAUCUACGGUGGCUGUUUCGAACUGACGUUGGAGAUCAGUGACAACAAAUGGCCUCCUGCUAAUGAGCUUCCAACGAUAUGGCAAUAUAACAAACAGAGUAUGCUUGAUCUUGUUGCAAGCCUUGUGAAGUCAGGAGUACAUGGAAGGGUCUAUUCGUCAGAUUGUGGGGAGCCUUUGCCUGCAUCUAUUGCAAUAAAGGGCAUCAAUUAUACGAUUAAGGCGAGUGAAAGAUUAGCUGAUUAUCAUCGGUUACUGGCCCCUGGACAUCAAUAUGAAGUAACGGCAACGAUGCCUGGUUACAAAACCCGAAGCACGACUAUUAAAAUGGGUGAAGAAGCAAUGACACUGGAUUUCAUACUUGAACCAACCAGUAGUUUUCUGCCACGUCAGCCCUGCAAAAGGAGCAGUAUGAAAAUAUUAGAGGUUAUAUCAACGCCUCAUUUCCAGGUUGCGCUAACUUUAUUUUCGGUUCUGGCUUUUCUCUGUUUCCUAAUAAAGAGAAAAAUCAUUUUUAGUCAUCUUAGAGGACGGAAGUACCUAGGACGACGUUCGUCUGCCGUGUAGGAUACCCUUUUCUUCUCUUUUACCUAUUAAGAACCACAAAAGGUGUACAUUUUGUUUUAUUACUGUAUCAACAUUGACAUACAGAAAGUUAUUGUAUUUGAAUGAAAGCAUAAAAAUCAGAAAUAUACAGGUAAAGUGAA